CCCGAUGAUCGAUGAUCGUCUCAGGGGAAAAGAAGCCUUGGCGAAGAGCAGAGGUUUAGAGGCACAAUUCUGCUUUCCCUGGAACUGUGUCAUUCAGGACUCUGCAAAUUCCCUAAAGUAGGAGGAAAAAUGACCAUGUCCAAGAGCAGCAGAAUGAGGAGGUUCCUGAUCUCUUCUUCUCCUAAACUCAUGAAAUAUGAGAAACCUGCUCAAAAUCAGAGGCAAUCAAGGAUCAGGAAUGUUAGCCAUUCUGCUCAAGUGAAAGAGAAAGACGAGAAGAAAGAAAAAUUCUCCAUUAAGGGUCCGGUGCCCUGUUGUGUGAGUGUCUGGAGUGCUCCCUUGAGUGAAGACAUCCAUAGGCGGUGCUGCUUCUCCCUGUCCUGCGUUGGUGUGACCUCUUCUUUUCCAGACCUGGCACCUACUCAGGAGGCAGUGACCUUCAAGGAUGUGGCAGUGGUCUUCACUGAGGAGGAGCUGGGGCUGCUGGACCUUGCCCAGAGGAAGCUGUAUCGAGAUGUGAUGCUGGAGAACUUCAGGAACCUGCUGUCAGUGGGGCAUCAACCAUUCCACCGAGAUACUUUCCACUUUCUAAGGGAGGAAAAGUUUUGGAUGAUGGAUAUAGCAACCCAAAGAGAAGGAAAUUCAGGAGGCAAGAUCCAACCUGAGAUGAAGACUUUUCCAGAAGCAGGACCACAUGAAGGGUGGUCCUUCCAGCAGAUCUGGGAAGAAAUUGCAAGUGACUUAACCAGGCCUCUAGACUCUACCAUAAAGAGCUCUCAGUUCUUUGAACAGGGUGAUGCCCACUCCCAGGUUGAGGAAGGACUAUCUAUAAUGCACACAGGACAGAAACCUUCCGAUCGUGGGAAGUGUAAACAAUCCUUCAGUGAUAUGUCCAUCUUUGAUCUUCCUCAGCAAAUACGCUCAGCAGAGAAGUCUCAUUCCUGUGAUGAGUGUGGAAAAAGCUUCUGUUACAUCUCAGCACUUCAUAUUCAUCAGAGAGUCCACCUGGGAGAGAAACUCUUUAAGUGUGACAUAUGUGGUAAGGAAUUCAGUCAGAGUUUACAUCUGCAAACUCAUCAGAGAGUCCAUACUGGAGAGAAACCUUUCAAAUGUGAACAAUGUGGGAGAGGCUUCAGAUGUAGAUCAGCACUUACAGUUCAUUGCAAAUUACACAUGGGAGAGAAACAUUAUAAUUGUGAGGCAUGUGGGAGGGCCUUCAUUCAUGAUUUCCAGCUUCAGAAACAUCAGAGAAUUCACACAGGGGAGAAGCCAUUCAAAUGUGAGAUAUGUAGUGUGAGCUUCCGUCUUAGGUCAAGUCUUAAUAGGCAUUGUGUGGUCCACACAGGAAAGAAACCAAAUAACACUGGGGAAUAUGGAAAAGGCUUCAUUGGUAGGCUGGAUUUGUGUAAGCAUCAGACGAUCCACACAGGAGAGAAACCAUAUAAUUGUAAAGAAUGUGGGAAGAGCUUCAGACGGUCCUCCUAUCUUUUGAUCCAUCAGAGAGUCCACACUGGAGAAAAGCCAUACAAAUGUGACAAGUGUGGGAAGAGCUACAUUACUAAGUCAGGUCUUGACUUGCACCAUAGAGCCCACACAGGAGAGAGACCUUAUAACUGUGAUGACUGUGGGAAGAGCUUCAGACAGGCCUCAAGUAUUUUGAAUCAUAAGAGACUCCACUGCAGAAAAAAACCAUUCAAAUGUGAGGAUUGUGGAAAGAAGCUUGUAUACCGGUCAUACCGUAAAGACCAACAAAAAAACCACAGUGGAGAAAAUACAUCCAAAUGUGAGGACUGUGGGAAGCGCUACAAGAGGCGCUUGAAUCUUGAUAUAAUUUUAUCAUUAUUUUUAAAUGACACGUAAGUGUUGUACAUAUUUAUGGGGUACAGUGUGAUAUUUAAAUAUAUGUAUAUGAUGUCUAAUGAUCAAAUCAGUGUAAUUAGCAUAUUUAUCACCUCAAACAAUUAUCUCUUUUUUGUGUUGAGAAAAUUAAAAAUUCAUUGUUCCAGCAAUUUGAAAAUAAAUUGUAGUUGAUGAUAGUCACCUUUAGUGCUGCAGAACAGUAGAACUUCUUCCUCCUAUCUACCUGUACUUUUGUAUCCAUUAGCCAACCUUUGGCCAUCCCACCUAUCCCCUGCCCUUCCCACCUAUCCCCUGCCCUUCCCUGCCUCUAGAGUCACUGUUCUCACUACUUCUAAGAAAUCAGCUUUUUUAGCUUCCCCAUGUGAGUGAGGACAGUUUAAAGUUAGUGUUUUGGCCAUAGCUCAGCAUACCCCAGCGGUCGUGGGACUGUCAGGGCAGACAAUGCUUGUAAGUCAUGCUGCAGGGUUUCUAACAGAAGUUUGACAAUUAGUUAUUAUUCAAGAGACAGGUCUUAGUAUAAGAGUUUAUUCACACACUUUCAAAACACUAAUGAUGAACAUGUCAAAAUUGAUGACCACUAGAAUGUCAGCCACAUGUGUCUUUGUAUUUUUGCUGCAUCCUUACAUCGCUUGAGUCUGGAAGAUUGAGGCUGCAGUGACCUAUGAUAGUGCUACUGCACUCCAGCCAGGGCAACAGAGUGAGACCCUGUCUCAAAAAAAAAAAAUAAAAUAAAUACCUUUGUUUGUUUCUGGACAAGCA